AUGGCAGCCAGUGCCCUGCCCACGGCCGUUGAGUUAGCCGGCUUGAAUGACUUGGCCGCUGUUGUGCGCUUCACAGGCUUGGAACCCGUCACUUGGAGACAGGUGAAUCUCGCUUUGGGCAAUUGGCCGAACCUCCGGCUGUUGAGUCAAGCCCCUCCUGAUGGGAUUGCGGAAGCUUUAGCCACGAUGCAACUUCCUAGGUUGGGUGGCGAUGGCAAUCCUGUGGAUCCUCCUGAGAUGCGUGAGUUGACCAUGGUUGAGACUGUUCAGAUAGCCCUGAUCUGGCGGAUUGCACGUCAGACCUAUGGCAUGGAAGACAUUGACAUCUUGGCCCCAGGUGCUCUCAAUGCCAUCAAUGCUGUGGGGCCAGCUACAGCUACUGGUGCAAAUUUGACCCCUCUUCCUGUAGAAGUACAGAUCCCAGCACAGAACUUCAUAGCCAGGGGAGGAGGCGGCCGCAGGAUGAGCAAGAUGGACGCCGAGCUCAGUGACAUCUCAGAAGCGGCAAAGGAUGCAAUGGGAGGAAAGCUCAAAGGCUCAGACAAGCCACAUGGUGAAGGUGAGUCAAAGGCAGCCAAGAAAAGACGUCGUGACAAAGAGAAACGUGAGGAGGAUUGGAAGAAGUACCAGCAGAUGCAGGACAUACAGAGCUGGCACAAGAGCAAUUAUGAGUCAUCCAGCUGGCGUGGUCCGGGAGGGGGAAAGUCGUUUGAGAAAGGCAAGAUGCAACACCCCCGCAAGUACGGACAGUUCUUCGUGACGGACCGCGACGGCGACCAGAUUUGCUACAAGUUCGCUAAGGGUCAGCCAGGAGCCUGCAGUGAACCCUGUGCUGAUCAGCGAGCCCAUGUGUGUCAGGUUUGCUUGGGCCAACACCCGAACGUGCAGUGUCAGAAGAAGAGCACGAAGAAGGGUGAAAAGGUGAUCUUGCCACCAGAGGAGGUUGCGUGCAAAGAAGAAUUUGAAGAAGUUUCAAAGAAUUUAGCUGAUGAGCAAAAGACACGAAAGUUUGUCUUCGCAGGGUUCUUUGCGGGUAUGGGAGGCUUUUCGGAAGCAAUGAAGUUAGUGGGCAAGGACUUCACUGAGGUCCGUGCUACUUUGGAUGGAUACGCUGGAGAGUGGAACAUACUCGCAGAGGAGGACUACAACACGGCUUGUAUCCUUUGUGAAAAUGAAUUAGAUCAUGCUCACUUCGCACCGGCAUGCAGAACGAUGUCAAUGGCUAGGAGGAGUGAUAGAUUUGGGAGUGUGAAGAUCUUGCGAGAUGAAGCACGACCAGAAGGCUAUGGCCAUCCGGAUGCAGAAGAAUCAAACGAAAUGGUCAGAAGAAUGGUGUUGCUUUGCCUGAUGCUGCACAAACGCGGAUCAACGUUUGCCAUCGAGAAUCCCUGGAUGUCAUAUCUGUGGCUGUUGAAGUCGAUGCAAAAGCUCAUGAAGAUUCGCGGUGUGGAACUCAUAUGUUUGCAUCAGUGCGCCUACGGGGCUUCUUCGGUCAAACCCACAGGUAUCCUGACAGGUGCAACGUGGAUGAAAUUGGUUCGUAGACUAUGUCACGAAGUACGUGAUCACUUGCAUGCCACAUCACUGUGUGGCAAGGCUUGGGACUACAUCACCGAAAGAUGGAUAUGGAGAACCAGUUUGGCUGCAGAAUACCCUUGUGGCCUAUGCCUCGCUUGGAGCAAAGCCUUCGUUUGCUGGCGCAAAUCUCGGUUGGGCCAGAAAUGGAUGGAUGAGAGGAGCUUCAAGGUGGUUGGCAAAUGGAAGAAUGUGUUGGUCAGGGCCACGACAGUGAAGUCGAUCUCCCAUGACCAGAAGAGCAUUGCACUGACGCUCAAGGAGACAAGAGAGGAAGAGAACAAGAAAGCAGUUGGAGGACUGAGAAACCCACAGUCCGCGGUCUCAAAGAAUUUGAGACUCAGACAGACAGGUAUGAAAAUCAGGCAGGUGCUAGAACAGCACAUGAGAGAAGAGGAGAUAGAUGCAUUGGCAUCUGACAUGAAGAAAGGCACCAGUAUGGAAUGGGUGAGAGAAGUCAGAGGAGCCUUAUGCACAGUCUUCAAGGCGCAGGAGGAUAGCAAAGGACUACAGGCAGACCUAUGGCGUGCGAUUCUUGAGGAGGCGGAUGAUGCAGACAAAAGCAUGCUGCAAGGUGACUUCGAGGGCAAGUUGAAUAACUAUGUCAGCUUUGAAGAAGCUGGACAGUCGGCAGAGGAUCUGCUAGAAGAGAUGCGGAAGGCAGGGAGAACAGAAGUGUUUGAGUCAUGGAGUCAGGUAGUAGAAAAGUUCGGAGAUGAUGCUGUGAUGACAAAGCUGGCGUGCAUCACAAAGCUCAAAGAGAGUGGAGAACUAAAGCAUCGACUUGUCGUGGAUUGCAGGAAAAGUGGAGUCAACGGCCUGGCAACCGUCAGGGAACGGGUCAUUCUCCCCAAGGUGACCGACUUCGUCAAGUCAGUGCAUCGCGUAGCCAGCAAAAGAAGAGAGAUAGUUGAAAGAGACUACAAGUUUGAGUUGUUCUCCACAGACUUCUCCAAUGCCUUCUACAUGUGCCCACUACGUGCCUCGGAGAGAAGAUAUGUAGUCUUCAAGAGUGGCCGCGGCGAUUACCAUGUCAGCAAGUGUGUUGUCUUCGGGCUAGCCGCUGGACCACUGUUGUGGGCUCGCGUUGCUUCGGCGGCGAUGAGAGUGGCACAAGCGGUAAUGCAUAGCAAUGAGGCAGCAAUUGCAUGCUAUGUGGAUGACCCGUUGAUGGCUGUUUUGGGCCCCACGGCAAAAGCUCGCAUGAGGAGUUUCUGCAUGUGUACCUUGGUGUGGCAAGCUCUUGGGCUGGAUAUAGCAUGGCACAAAGGUUGUCAUGGAGACAUGGUUCCUUGGAUCGGAUAUGAGGUUAGCCUGUCGGGACGGGCGAAUGAAGAUGUCACCGUCAGAAUGGCUGAAAACAAGAGGAAAAAGCUCCAAGACACCUUUGAGGAGCUCCUUACCUACAAAGGCAUGUUGCCGUUGCGAUUGCUCCAACAUGCCACUGGUGUGCUUGGUUGGGCAUCAAGCAUACUGAAGUCUUCACGACCUUGGUUGGCCAUGCUGUAUGCCGCAGCUACACAGCACCAACGCCCAGAGCCUAUCCGAGUUCGUGCCCGGGAGAGGAAAGGCCUUGUGUUUGUCAAACAGGUUGCAAAUGCCUUGAGGUGGCUAAAUGCAAUGGUGCAGGAAAUUGAUGCGCAGAGACCUGGACUUCGCAGGACAUUCAAAUGGCGACCGGAUGCACCCCGGGUGUUGAUCCAAACGGAUGCUUGUCCAGCUGGCAUGGGAGGCUUUCUCCGAGUGGGCCAGAUGUACAUAGCAUACUGGCACACUGAAGUCACUGCACUGGACAGGGAGCUGAUGAACUCGGAAGUCGGCGACCCGUCGUUCCAAAACGAAUGGGGGUUGCUCACAAUUUGGAUGUCUCUCGAGGCCUUUGCACCAUGGCUCAGGGAGCAGUCCAUCACACCGCAGGUGCUGAUUCGCACUGACAACACUGCGGCACUCAGAGCAGCAGCUGAAUACAGAGCAAAGUCACCAAUCUUAAGCCAACUGGCUGCAGAGAUUUCGAUCCAGGUUGAAUUGAUGGAAUUGCUACCACUGAUGGCUGAGCAUGUGGCAGGCAUCGAAAAUGACAUUGCCGACAAGCUCAGUCGAAUGGACGCUUCAUCAAACAUGGAGCUGCCGUGGCAACUUCGAAAUGCAGCCUGGGUCGAUGCACCCGCAAGACAGAAGCAUAACUUCAGAGCUUGGCCGUGA